AAAGCAAAGGUGUCCUUGGAGGUACGAGAGAUGGUAAACGCAAGUGAUGAGGAAGUCAACGAUCCCAACUCCAAGGACUUCAUCCGAUUCAUGUCAGCCAAACAAGGCAAUGACGCUACCACCAUUUACGUUCACGACCAUUCCUUACGAAGAACCAAAGUGAACGAGACCCGGAAUUUCACACUCUCCGCCAAUGCCAAUUUCUACAAUUUGGCAACAUCGUCGAUAGCGUCGGCCGUCCAUAUACCAACACCGCUUUACGAUAGAAGUAAGAAAAGCCAAACAAAGCAUACAGCUUAA